CAGGCGGUGCUCUCCGGCUCUCCUCUCCAGGCGGUGAUCUCCGGCUCUCCUCUCCUGGCGGUGAUCUCCGGCUCUCCUCAUGGUUCUCUGACGGAUUGGUUGGUUGGUUGCGGCACGAUGAGCGUCCCGGAGGUAGAAGAUCACAUCUCCCAGAAAUACGACAUCAAGAAGCGUCUGGGGAAGGGGGCGUACGGCAUUGUGUGGAAAGCCAUCGAUCGGAAGACGGGGGAGAUUGUCGCCGUGAAGAAGAUUUUUGAUGCGUUCAGAAAUCGGACGGACGCUCAGAGGACCUUCCGGGAAAUUAUGUUCCUUCAGGAAUUCGGGGAACAUCCGAAUAUUAUCAAACUGCUGAAUGUGAUCCGAGCGCAGAAUGAUAAGGACAUUUACCUCGUCUUUGAGUACAUGGAGACGGAUCUUCACGCCGUCAUAAAGAAAGGGAAUCUGCUGAAGGACAUUCACAUGAGAUUCAUCCUCUACCAACUACUGAAAUCCACCAAAUUCCUCCAUUCCGGCAACGUCAUCCACCGAGACCAGAAGCCGUCUAAUAUCUUGCUGGACGCGGACUGUCUGGUGAAGUUGUGUGACUUUGGUUUGGCACGCUCUCUGUAUCAGAUCCAGGAGGAUUCUGGGAAUCCAGCUCUCACUGAAUAUGUGGCAACCCGCUGGUACCGAGCGCCAGAGAUUCUGCUGGGAUCUCAACGGUACACGAAGGGGGUGGACAUGUGGAGCGUGGGUUGUAUUCUGGCGGAGAUGUUGCUGGGGAAGCCGCUGUUCCCGGGGACGUCCACCAUUAACCAGAUUGAACGAAUCAUGAAUGUCAUCCCCCCGCCCUCCCAGGAAGACGUCCUGGCCAUAAAGUCGCAGUAUGGCGCCUCCGUGAUCGGCAGGAUGAAUGGGCGGCUCAAGGUGUCCCUGGCAGAUCUCCUCCCCCCGGCGUCUCCUCCUGACGCGGUGGAUCUCGUGCACAGACUUCUGAUCUUCAAUCCGGAGAAGAGGCUGACAGCGGAGGGCGCUCUGGAUCACCCGUAUGUACGCAGAUUCCACUCUCUGGCCCGAGAGCCCGCCUUAGACUAUGAUGUCAUCCUGCCUGUUGAUGACGACAUACAAUUGUCUGUAGCCGAAUAUCGGAACAAACUCUACGAGAUGAUCCUGGAGAGGAAGGUGAACGCUCGCCGACACAAACGGGAAAAAGAAAACGCCGACCCCAAACCUUCCACAGAGCCCAAAGAGAAGAAAGAGGCGGAGCCUCCCACCUCAGGGGCCGUCCAGGAGAACUCCGGGCAAACCGCGCCUACUGACUCCCUCUCCAAAUCUCUGCCUGCCGACCGCUGUACACCCGGGCCCGGUCACCCGGAGGCCAAACCAACAUCUCCUGUAUAUAACCCCAUAACCCACAGCGUCAUCCCGGGAGGAUCGGCUCAUUGGAGGAAUAAGAAGGAGCAGAUGACCACCUCCCAGCCUGGGACACAUGGGGUAAAUAAAAUGGCGGAGCCGCGAGGAAAAACAGCCCCAGUCACCCGGACCCGCUCCUUCUCUCUCACCCAGCAGGCUCGGGCAGCCGCCCCCAAUAAUCCGCUCAUCCGGAAAGAGGCCGCAACCCCCGGAGGAGUGGGCGUGGCAGCAGUCAGCGCCAGACUGAACCCGCGCACACCGGCCCCGCAGACCCGCGAGGUGCGUUCAGCUCAGAAGUUCAGCCGGAAGAUGUUCCAGGGGGCGGCGAAUGUCGGGGCCGCGGGUGACCCCAAGGCUUCCUUCCAGAGUUACAGCCAGGCCUACGGGACAAUCAGUAAAUCGGCCCUGCAGAGUUUACAGGCGGACAAGUCAUGAGGGACACUGCUGGGGGCCCUUCUCUGGGGCCCGAGUAUUCCAGGCGUGGGACCCGCUCCCUCUGUUCAGACCACAUAUGUGCCUUGUACCUCGCCUGACCCGGGACCAGCCAACCGGCAAUAAAUAAGGCAAAUUCUGGACUUUGUGGGCCCCGGAGACACCAGGGGGCCCCUUCCUUUUUCUCUUUUUUUUACUCUUCACUUGGUCCACAAUACAGACUAUUUAUUCAGAA